CCCCCGGAAUGCCAACUGACUACGGAGGGCCUGGAGUAUGCGGGAUUCAAGAACACUGAUGAGGACGGUCGGAAGUGUCAGCCCUGGUUGGGUCGGGCAAACGACAAGCGAUUUUCAGCCUUGGACAUUAUGACAAUCUCCGAUGAAGGCAUAGACAGUAGUCACAACUAUUGUCGCAAUCCUGACGCAGACGCCUACGGUCUCUGGUGCUUCACUGAAGAGGGAACUGGCGAGAGAUGGGGCCAUUGCAUGGUCCCUUUCUGCUAUCAAUUGUAUGAGCGUAUCGCCGUCGAGGGUAAACCAGCAGAAGGAUACCCAGAAUGCUUGCAGACCGCGAUGGGGAAGGAAUACGCAGGUACGACGAGGAUAACGAAGACUGGAAAGCCCUGUCUUCGAUGGGAUUCUCAGCCCUAUGGGAAGCCUGAGGACUUCCACCCCAAUGCAACUUAUGAGGCUCAUUUCCGAUUUGGCAAUUCCACGUUGCAUCAGGAUUUCUGCAGGAAUCCAACGUCUAGGCAGCAGCCCUGGUGCUUCGUCGAAGAUUCAGGCAUCGAAUGGGAAUUCUGCCAAAUUCCCUUUUGCCCCAACUACCCCAGUGAGCUCACUCCAAUCCAUGAAGUCCUG